GCACAGCUCUUGCCUAGGCUAGGAGUAAACAAAACUCUAUUGGGAUAACUUCGGUUUAAAAAUUUCACGCACAAAUUAGGCCAGUUCAAGCUGUCUAAACAUAAUCCAUUUUAAAAAUUAUCUAUAAUGUGAAAAAUGGUGGUUGUGCGAAGAAUCAACAUUGCCGAUGUUUUCAAACUUGCUAUUCUUCUGGUAAUUUUGACUUUGUCGACAAACAUCCAGAAAAUAGACGCCAAUACGGAAAAGGCUGAGCCGCAUUCAACCGAAUCCAGUCCGAAUUCCAUCAGUCAUUUGGCGAAAGGAAAAAUCGAAUCAAACCCGAACUGCCCAAGCAAUGUGGAGUGCGACAAAUUGGGCGGUCUUUGCUUGAACUGCACCUUUAACAAGUCCUGCGAGUAUGGAAAAGAAGUCAAAGUAUUAUGCUCUGUUCUGAACGACAUCAACUGCUUGGGCGAGAGUACUUUUGAAAGAACUAUGACCUGCCAGUUUUGCUACCAAAUGGAUCCUUCGAAUUACACGUGCAAGCUACUGGCAAACUGCAACUCGGUGGCAUCUCCUCGCACUUAUUAUAGGACCAAUUGUACUGUGAAGAGCGAACUUUUGUGCUUGGGAAACCGGGUUUUUCAAAAGAACCUGCCAUGCAACUGGACUGGAGGUUAUAAGUGGAGUACGGCAUUACUUUUGAGCAUUACGCUUGGAGGGUUUGGAGCUGAUAGGUUUUACCUUGGCCACUGGCAAGAAGCUAUUGGGAAGCUCUUCAGCUUUGGAGGAUUAGGAGUGUGGACUUUGGUGGAUGUCGUGCUUGUUUGGCUGCACUAUCUGGGGCCAGCUGAUGGAUCUCUGUACAUUUGAAAUUCCUUUUUGUAUCUUGUAAAAAUAAUAGAGCCUUUAUUGAAUCAUA